UGAUGUGCUCGUAGUGAUCGGCAGAAUUGGUGGAUGAAUGUUGUCGUUGGCCUGGACUCCGUAUGUAGCCAGGUCGGUCCUCAGGUAUUGUGAGUUCGGAUCUAUUCUGAACAAUGCCGGUGUUGAUGAUGAAAGAGUCACGGUGAUAAGACUUCCAUAGUUCGUGUCCGUUCUCAACGAUAGAUAGGCGCCGUCGUACGGACCUCCAAUGACCUUGACCCAGAAAUUGGUAGAUAGAGGCAGUGGCGGACUUGUGGUCGCUGCUGCAGAGCUACUCGAAGAACUGCUUGACGAGCUACUUGAAGAAUUACUGGACGAACUGCUGGAAGCUCUUGAUGACGAACUUGACGAGGAAACUGACGAUGAAAUUGACGACGAACUUGACGAAGAAAUUGACGAUGAAAUUGACGACGAACUCGACGAUGAAAUUGACGACGAACUUGACGAUAUGCUAGAUGAUGCGCUCGAAGAUGAGCUGGACGACGAAAUUGACGACAGGCUAGAUGAUAUGCUCGAAGAUGAGCUGGACGAGAAGCUCGACGAUAUACCAGAGCUUGAGCUAUUAGGAUCUGGGCAACUGACCACCCUCAGGGCAGAAUAA